GAUGUCAGAAGAAUCAUAAUACUAAGAGAAUUCGUAUUUGCCUUCUCCAAGGUUUGAAUUUUAACAAAUAAUGAGAAGGCAAUCAUUCAAAUCAGAUUAUAAUGAAUAUGCUGAGUGGUAGGAAAUUUAGAAAGAGCAAGAUUAUUUCUAAAGUUAAUUUGAAUACUUUGAAUAAUUAUUAUGGAGACCCGAUGAAUAUAAAAAAGAGAAUGAUUUUUAAACUGGAAUCAAAAUGCCUGGUGUUCAAGAUCAAUAAAAAUAAAGUGAGCUAUUAAUUCCUAUAAUGCCUAUGAAACCUAUUUAAGAACCUUCUAAAGAUGAAACUGUUAAACCUAAAAAAUUCCUUGAUAAAAGCUUUUGCAGAUAUAUUAUGUUAUAUGCAAUUCGUACAAUAGAAAAUUAAUAAUAUGCUGAGAUUAUUCGAGAUAUCUGCAGUCAAUUUUAAGUUAACUACAAUACUUUUGUCGAAUACUAUAGAAAAUAGAGAAUUUUAAUUAUGGGUUACCGAGCUUUAAAAGAUGAAUUGAUCUAUGAUAGUGAUACUCUUCCUAAUCAAAACCGCAAGAAAGCAUUUAAGGUGUUUCUCGUUUGGUAUUUAGAUAAAUUUGCCACUAAACACAUUUUGUUAAGCAAAAAACAAAAUAUAAAAGAAUACCUUAAGUUCAAAAAUUAUGUCAUGUCUUAUUAUGUGCACAAUCCAAAAAGUUGGAUAGGAAAUAAGCCUUAAUGGAAAUGAGC